AUGUCGGGAUAUAGCGGAACAUCGAAGUCCAAAUUUAUUUUUUUGAUGUCAACUCCGACCAAAAAGGCUGCUGCAAUGUGUGCUGCCAAGCUGAAGAGGCGUGUGGAGGCCGCCGCUACUCCUGAAUCUGCUCCGAGUCGUACAUCAUGGAGCUUCCCGACAAUCCAAGACCACAGCACUGAAAAAUCAAGACAGAAGAGCAGUGUUACACGGCCAGCAGCGCAACUUUUUGAGUCUGACUCAGAUGACUUCAAGGUUGAUGGAAGCAAUGGUGCCAUAUCUGAUUUUGGAGCUGAGUCAGACGACAAAAUUGAGGAAUCAGAUGAUGACAGUAUUCUGGGACUCAUUGGUGACAAGCUGAAGGCCACCCUUGACUAUGAGCAGCCUCAAUUUACCCCACGUAAUGAUGACAGCAGCCUGAGCACUGCUUCAUCAUUCAGCUGUGAGAAAACGGCUUACAAAGGAUGUGAACCUGAAGGUCAUAUUGGCACCAUUCGCGGGAAUGUCAGGAAGGCUGCACAAGCACAUGUGGCAAGCCACUAUGGUCUCACAAAAGGUGCUGAUGAGAGGGUCGCAGACCUUCUCAAAAACAAGGCUUACAUUUAUCCUGUGAACGUGAAGGGGGACCCUAUCCGAACCAAACCGUUUCAAGCGCUGGUGAUUUUGGACACCAUUGAGGAUGCUUUAUUCAGCGACAAGCUUGCAGCGGGAGUAAAGUGGCAUGAUCAUCUGACAUCAACAAUUGAUGAUCAUCCUGACGAGGUUGAACUUCCUGUCGUGAUGGUGGCACUUGCUAGCGCUGCGGUGUGCUCCGUCAUUAUGCAGUACUCCUCCGAAAAAUUCGACCGAGACUUCAACUCAGACAUGUACGGCGGGAUCUAUUGA